CUUUCACAAUCCAUUACAAACUGGCAGCCCCUUUCUAUCAUAAACUCUCAGUCAACCUUAAGCCACCGCUUCCUCAUCUCGCGAAUGGAUGUCGUCAGGACAUUUCUCCAUCUGCUUAUAGUCGGUAAAACUGGCUACGGAAAAAGCGCCACCGGAAAUUCAAUCUUGGGCGAAAAUGUCUUUGAGAGUAAAGCUAGUUGGACGUCUGUUACGAAAGACGUACAAGGAUGUACGUCAGUUAUAGGUGACAGUGCCGUGUUGGUUGUGGAUAUUCCCGGGCUUUUUGAUACGGAAAAUGAUCAGCGGAAGUUAGAGAAAAGGACGCGAGAGACUAUGAAGAGCGCGUUUGAAAUCGCGGUUGGAGGAUUUCAUGCUUUGUUGUUGGUUUUCAAAUACGGAGAGCGCUGCACUGAUGAAGAUGACACGGCGGUGAAGACACUUCUGUCUGUCUACGGCUUGAAAGUGUUUAGAGAGUAUUGUAUCUGUGUGUUUACGUAUGGUGAUCAAGCCGCAGGCGACAUGGACGUGGCUUUUUUCCCAGAAUGGUUGAAGAAACAAAAGGGCGCGAUUCAAACGGUGCUCGGCGAAUGUCAAGGACGUGCGGUGUUGUUUAACAACCGAGCAAAAGAUGAAGCAGAAAAAUGUGACCAGAGAAAUAUACUGCUGACAAUGGUGAUGACCUUACCCACAAAAAAUACAACUUUCGGGAUAGAUGACGUCAUUUCCGCCGAGGAUUAUAGAUUUAUUAACGCUAAUCUUGAAUCAACCAGAGAUGUCUUUUUCGAAAUCAAAUCAAGAUUAGAAAAAAUAAAAGCAGACUACCGAAACGACCAUGAUCCAGAAAAACACGACAACGGUAUUUUAGAACUGAAAAACAAACUGACGGUACACCGGUCCAAAUUGACGCAGCUUGAUGACGACACAGGAAAGCUAUCUGACGUCAUAGAGGCAGUGUCAGAAAAGGAAAUGGAGCUACACAGAGAGCUACUGAUUGCAGACUUUGACGAGGUGGACGCUAUAGCUCUUCUGUCGCGAAGACAGUCACAUCUUUUUUCUUGAUAUAUUCCUUCCAUAUUGAGUAUCCUCACCUUUAUCUCUCCUAUUCUUCGUCAUACUACACCUCCCCCCCCCACCUUAGAGCUCGCAAACCCCCUCUCCGGGCGAGAUAGAAAAAAAAAAGGGCCUAUAAUUUAUAUUGAAAAUAUAUACUUUAAACCAGUUUCCGCACACCCGGAAAUUUUAAGAUCGGGAGUUUCAAGCGACCCACACCCUUCCCUACCCGGAGAAAAUUGCCUGAAAGAAACCCUGGUAAACAUUUUUUACUGUUAUAAUACUCUGAGUGUCCUGUUACACCGUGGAAAACUAUAUUUCACACCGCGGCCUGAAAACACAAUUUUCCGGAUGAAGCCGCGAAUCGCUAUAGGAAAUAUGAAGUAAUUACUGUUGAUGUUGCAGUUGACCCCAAUCUUGGAGGAAAACUUCAGGAGAAAGUUACACAA